GACGAUGUUUUGGUUUCGUUUGGUAGAUAAAAGGUAAAUCACUCGGACGGUUUCGUUUUUUAAACAUUGUUGAUUUUUGAGCGGAAUUGUUUCAAAUAAUCGCGAAUAAUAGUUAUUUAUUAUGGAGUUGCAAAUUAUUUGUGUUCCUAGGAAGCCUAAUUAAAACAAUGUCAUUUUUGGAUUCAGACCGAUUUCAUAAAGCUGCCAGAGAUGGUUAUUUGGAUUUAUUACAAGAUGCAAAUCGAAAAGAACUUAAUUCUAGAGAUGAAGAUGGCAUGACACCGGCCAUGUGGGCCUCUUAUUAUGGACAUUUGGAUGCUUUACGACUUAUAGUGGGUCGAGGAGGGGAUCCAGACAAAUGUGAUUUUUACGGCAACACAUGCCUUCAUUGUGCUUCUGGCAAUGGGCAUAUAGACUGUGUUUCCUUUCUGGUCAAUUUUGGAGUCAAUUUGUGGGCUCUGGACAACGAUUUUCAUACUGCCAAAGAUGUUGCCGUUCUUAAUCAAAAGAAUGAAGUUUUGAGGCUUUUGGAUCAAGCUCAAUCCAAACAUGCUCUCGUCAAUAAGAAACUAGUGCAGAGGUUAAAGGAAAAGAGCGUGUACGAUGCAGAAAAGAGGAUAAAAAGCUACAGAAAGUUACAACAAAAGGCAGCCAAGAAAGCCGAAAAAGAAGAAAAGGAGAGGCUGGCCUCUGUUGAUGGAUUAAGAUCGUCACUUACAGCUUUUAGAAGAGAUUCCAGAAACUCCCAAAAUGCCCAAAAGUUUUCCGACAUAGUCAACAACGGAAAAGAUAAGGAAUCCUCUUUAAAAAAGCCAACGUCUACGGAACGCAAGAAAAAAAGUGUCGUGUUUAGGCCCGGUGACAUAAUUACAAGAGAUGAAGAGUUGGACAAUCGUUCUUCAAACUAUACUGAAAUUAAAAGGAUACCACGGAUAUCUACCCCCGAUUACGUCAAAGAGAGCGAAGAUGGUCAUUCUUCGCCAGACAAUCCAUCUCGCAGCACAUCCGACACACAUUCCAGUGACGACGCGAACAGCGACGUGUUGCAAACUGCCGAUUCUGGAAUAGGGGACGAACUCCACGAGACAUCGUCCUCUCACGUCAGCAUCUUCGACCGACCAGGAUUCGGGACCGUUGCUUUUAGGAGUUCUUUAGUCAAUCUAACAGCACUGACUACAACAGCCACAGUACUGGAUAAUGGUAGCAGGGACAAUAAUAGAAAUUCGUAUGAAAACUGUGGAAACCAAAAUCACAAAAACCUCGCUUCUACUGUCUCUGAUAGCAUAGGCAGUGCGAGUAGUCUGGUGAGAAGGCACAUCCACUGGGAAGACGAAUACGAAGCUGAUGACUUUGACGAAGCUGAUGAUGACGACUCUGAUGACGAAGUAUCAGAUGACGAAGACUGCGAAGCAACGGACCCUUUGUCGUUAUUCUUGACUACCGUAGGGUUAACGGAAUAUUUGCCCCUUUUUCAAUCAGAACAAAUUGAUUUAGAAUCUUUGUCUCUUCUGUCUGAAGAGGAUUUGAAGGCUCUAGGGAUGCCCCUAGGACCCAGGAGAAAGUUAAAUAAAGCGGUUGAAGAGAGAAUGAAGACUUUGAAAGAUCCUGGAAUUGUGCACGAUAGUCAACUUUAAUGAAACUAAAGAGAAUUUGUUCUUUUUAAAACUUGUGAUUUGCUUCGUUCUGUUUUUUACAAGAUUAGGUAUGGUGUACAUAUUAAUUUUUAUGCAUGCAGGAUUUGUCAAAGAAAUUUGGUGAAUUGUAAUAAUAGAAAAUUAGAUCUGUAAGUUACACUUUAUUUCAAUUGCGUAAUAAUGUAAAUUUUUUGAAAUUUUGUCCAUAGAAAAUUUUAAUGUAGUGCUCUAUAAAUGCUUUAUGAACUACUUUAAAGUUAUACUUAAAAAUUUAUAAGAGUAAAACUUUUUGAAAAAUAUCAGAAAAAAAGGGUUUCAAAUGUAUGAAUCUUGGUUAUUGCUUUAUAUUAAUUAAGAUGUGAAUUCUAAAUUUAUUCUAAAUUAUUAUCUUUUUCAAAAUACAUUGAAAGUUAGUUUCCAUUAAAAAUCUUUUGUCUUGAGAAUUGAAUGAAUCGAAUUGAUUGAA